GAAGCAACGCUGACGUCUGCGCGCAUCGUGGACGCGCACCUGUUGUACGCCAUGGUCAGUUUCUCUGACGCGCAGAGCAGCAGUGUAGUGACUGAAAACUUUUGUUCCGGGACGACGUUUGUUUGGCAAAGCUGGAAGUUAGUGAGCUCGCACGGAGAAGGAAACGAGAGAAGGAGCGUGGGGAAAUCCUGCGCCAUUGGGAGGCGUUGAAGAGCCAUACUGACACUGACAGACACUGCAUGAAGGCACUGAGAAAGAAGCAGGGCUUGACUCUUGAGGAUGGUGCAGAACAUGGAGAUCAAUGUGUCCUUCCUGACCGACUCAGAGCAAGAAUUCAUACUAGAAGUCCUUCGGCGGGAUGAAGAGCUCAGGCGCUUGGAGGAGCUACGUGUGAAGAAGCUGAAAGCUGAGUUGCUUGACAUCAGAAGAAAGGGUGCGAAACGUGGCAGUGGGAAAUACAGUGAACGCAGCUGUGGCCGCUGCCAAGAGCCCAUGGGCCUUCUGACCCGCAACGGUAGCCAGUGCAGAGUAUGCAAACAUCAGGUUUGCAGAAAAUGUCUAUCAGUUCGACCCAACGGAUCUUUGGUGUGCACAGUGUGUGCCAAAGAGAUAGAUCUGAAGAUGAGCACCGGAGACUGGUUCUAUGACGAGAGGGUUAACCGCUUCUCUGCAGCUCCUGGACAUGACUUAGUCCGAGUUUCCCUCAGGAAGAGGCCUCUGAAUAAAAAGCAUGAGACAGCAGGGGAAAAACUGCUAAACAGAGCUGACUUGAAUUCCAGCCAAACUGUACCUGUGCCCAAACCGAGACUAAAGGACGUCGCACUAGCAAAUAAGAGCUCACCUCUUGAGGCUUCUGAGGGACUUGAUAUGCGAGAGCAACAACGUAGCGACACAGAAUCAAUAGAAAAAGCCAGUCUGGGCAGCAGUCGCACUGAGACUGAAUCCUCCCACAGUAGUCCCCUAAUGCAGAGAAAAGAGGACGUGACAGCCAAGACUAGUCCCACAGGCUCUAUGUCCGUCCUGACAGCCCCCACUAACAGUGAAAGCACCUCUACCACUGAGACAGCCUCAUUAAUUUAUCAGAUGAAUGCCUGCUCUGACUCCUUGCGUGACGUGGAUGGGCUUUUCAAGAAAAGUGUCAGAAGAGUGCACAAACUGUCAGAUGUUAAGCCAGUCUCCACACUUGAUUUGCGUGAAGAUGGAACAGAAAGUGCUGCACCGUCUAUGGGAGAUAGAAGCAAGUCAGUUCCUGGCCUUAAUGCUGAGGAUGAGGAGGAGGAGGAAGAUAUUGAUAACUUGGUGAAUAUACACAGGCAGAAAUUUGGUGAUAGCUUGGGAAGUCUUGGAGGCUCAAGGACCACUCUUGGCAGUAUGAUGAGUGUGUACAGUGAAGCAGGAGACUAUGACCGUGUGGAAGUGAGUGGAGAUAUUGUCUUCUCUCUCAGCUACGAUGAGCCCAGCCAGAGCCUGUCUGUUGUGAUCCAUGAAUGUAAAGGACUGGCUUAUGCUGAUGCAGCAAAAAAGAAGUGCAACCCAUACGUCAAGGCUUACCUCCUCCCAGACAAGAGCAAGAAGAAAACCUCCAUUAAAAAUAACAACAUCAACCCCAGCUUUAAGGAAACACUGAAGUACUCCAUCAGCCGCACCCAGCUAAUGACUCGCACACUACAACUCUCAGUUUGGCACUAUGACCGUUUUGGCCGCAAUGCCUUUCUGGGUGAGGUGGAGAUACCACUGGAUAGCCAUGACAUUGACUCUGCACUCAAAGAGUAUAUGGCUCUUAGAGGAAAGGCAGCUGCCCAUUUACCAUCAUCUCCAUUCGAUCAAUACAAAGGAGAGUUGGUGAUUUCACUUAAGUAUGUCACGGCAAACAAGACACAGACAGAUGACUCUAAUGGAAAGGGGAAAAAGACCAAACACGCAGAUGGUGCUGAGCUGCAUGUGUUGAUCAAAGAGGCUAAAAAUCUGACAGCCAUGAAAGCUGGAGGCACAUGUGAUUCCUUUGUGAAAGGGUAUCUGCUGCCAUCAAAGAGCAAGUCUUCCUCAAAGAAGAAGACUCCGAUAGUGAAGAAGACAAAAAACCCAAACUACAACCACACAUUUGUGUACAACGAUAUGAGUCUGGAGCAGCUGAAGGACAUGUGUCUGGAGCUCACUGUCUGGGACAGAGAGACACUGUCCAGCAAUGACUUCCUGGGAGGAGUUCGCCUCAGCUUGGGAGCAGUGACUGUCAAGGAGGGAAAAGAAGAGUGGGUGGCAAACUCCACAGGGGAGGAGAUCUUGCUGUGGAAAAAGAUGAUGCAGUACCCCGACUCUUGGGCAGAGGGCACUCUUCCACUGCGCUCAUCCAUGGGAAAGGCCAAGUAAGGACAUGGAGCAAUACCCCCCCCCAAGCCAUUAUCAGGACAGAGGAUUACACAUUCCACAAUGCUUGUGUGUUUCUGUUACAGCUUUGCAUCCCAGUAAUAUUUUAAAGACUUUUUUAGGGUAAUGCAUCUUUUAUAUUUUAAACUUUUUAAGGCAGUUCAAAAAUAAUGAUGUGGAAAUAUGCAGUGUAUAUGUUAAUUAUAUUUAUUUCCUAUAAAUGUUGCAGCUGAAUGUAUUUUCAAAUACAACAUCAUUUGAAGGCUGUUCUUGCACAUGAACCUUUGGACACAGUAAAUAUUUUAGUUUGAAUAACACUUUGGUUUUAAAUGUGCACUUGAUGUAUGGUCUAAAACGAUUCACAUACUUAAACACAAUAAAUUUUAAUGACAUAAUGCUUAUUUA